AAUUACCAAACAGUAUUUUGCCAUUCAGUCUCCAUAAGUGAUUAUGGUAGGUUUUUAAUAUGUACGUUUUAUAAAUAGGUAUGUGAUUGACCAUAACGUCACAUAACGAUGCUCUCUUUGUUCUCUUCUCCUGACACACUCUACAGGGAUUGGAUAAAAGCUCAAGGCUCCCAACCAGCUCCCUGUCUAUGACUCACUAAAAUGCAGUUCAGCCAGUGAUCAAGCGGUGACGGGCCACAAUCACAAACUGGGACUCCUGGCCUGCCCUUCUGGCCUCACCCUGCAGCUGGAUGUGCAGCAGGGAGAAUGAGUGUGGGCAGGAUCAACCGCUACAGCAUCGUGUCAUCUGAGGAAGAGGGCCUUCGCCUCACUACCAUGCAUGGCAUGAACGGCUUUGGCAAUGGCAAGAUCCACACACGCCGCAAGUGCCGCAACCGCUUCGUCAAAAAGAAUGGCCAGUGCAAUGUGCAGUUUUCCAAUAUGGACGAAAAGUCACAACGCUACAUGGCUGAUAUCUUCACUACAUGUGUUGAUAUUCGCUGGCGAUGGAUGUUGGUAGUCUUCACUCUUGUGUUUGUAGUCUCUUGGCUGGCCUUCGGCUUAGCCUUUUGGGUCAUUGCUUUGUUGCAUGGUGAUCUGGAUAAUCCAGCUGGAGAUGACAACUUUACUCCAUGUGUCCUACAAGUCAAUGGAUUUGUGGCUGCCUUUCUAUUCUCCAUUGAAACACAGUCUACUAUAGGUUAUGGCUACCGCUGUGUGACUGAGGAGUGCCCAGUUGCUGUCUUCAUGGUGGUCUUCCAGUCCAUAGUGGGCUGCAUCAUUGACUGCUUCAUGAUUGGCGCCAUCAUGGCUAAGAUGGCGAGACCUAAGAAGCGAGCACAAACUUUGUUGUUUAGCCACAAUGCUAUCAUUGCCAUGCGGGACGGAAAGCUGUGUCUAAUGUGGAGGGUAGGGAAUCUUCGUAAGAGUCACAUUGUGGAGGCCCACGUCAGGGCACAGCUCAUCAAACCUAGGAUCACAGAUGAGGGGGAAUAUAUUCCUCUAGACCAGAUAGACAUUGAUGUGGGCUUUGAUAAAGGCUUGGACAGGAUUUUCUUGGUUUCACCCAUCACUAUUCUCCAUGAGAUAGAUGAAGAGAGCCCCCUUUUUGGGAUCAGUAAACAGGACUUGGAGACAGCAGACUUUGAGAUCGUUGUCAUCUUGGAGGGCAUGGUUGAAGCAACCGCCAUGACCACGCAGGCUCGCAGCUCCUACUUGGCCUCAGAGGUCCUUUGGGGUCACCGGUUCGAGCCAGUCUUGUUUGAGGAGAAGAACGUGUACAAGGUGGAUUACUCUCACUUUCACAAAACAUACGAGGUACCGUCCACCCCCCGCUGCAGUGCCAAGGACAUGGUGGAGAACAAGUUCCUUGUCCCCAGCUCAAACUCCUUCUGCUAUGAAAAUGAGCUGGCCUUCCUAAACCGUGAUGAUGAAGAGGAGGAUGUAGGUGGUGGGAGCAGGGCACUGGCGAACCUCAGUCCAGACCGGAACAGUCGACAUGAGUUUGAACGCUUACAGCCCCCCAGGGCGCUGGAUCAAAGGUCAUAUCGUAGAGAGUCAGAAAUAUGACCUCUACCCACUGACCCAGGGUCAACUUUCAAUAACUUUAUCCAAGGGUAGUAAUGCCGAACAAUGCAAAGUGCCAUACGAAGUGACUACUGUGAAAGAUUGGAAAAGACAUAGGACAACAAUAAAAGGGACUUAACUGGAAGGAAUGGGGGAAAACUAGAGUACACAGCUAAGAAUUUGUGUUAAGGAAUGUCUAUAAAGGAAAAGGCCAGAGAAAGACCUUCCUUUAUGGAAUCUUGAAUCUUUUUUCACAUGGUCAUUUUGCGUUAAGAGUGUUCAAUGUGAGGUAACAAGAACUAUUAUGACAGAACCUUGUAAUCAAAUUUUAGGUGUAAAUACGUUGCUUAGGUAAGUUAUGUUUUGUGUGCUGUAUCAGUUUCCAGAAACAUCUCUUAAAAAGGUAGUCGCUAUUUCAACUUAUAACAGUGUUGCAAGGCUUCUCUUUAGAGUUCCUUGCAUUGCUGUAAUUACUGGACCUGCGUUCAGUGACACAUUGAAAAUGAUGCACUGCAGCAUUCAGAUGCAAUGAGCCAUGAUAAAACAUCUGACAGUGAGCCACUGAAAACAACAUAAUUCAACACCUUUAUUUUGACAUUGGUCUGAUCACAAAAUCUAACUACUUAGGGAAAAUAGCACUAUGAAGAAGAACAUAAAGGAAUAUAUUGAACAGAAAUACACCUCUAAAGAGAAUAAUUAUUUAUAUAAUCUCUAAAUGCCUCAUAUUUUAAUCUUCUAUCAAAAUAUAACAAGCCACCAACAUCAUGAUUUUGUUGCACGGAACUACAAACAUUGCAAGAAGUCAGGUAGACCACACUAAAGUACAAACAGUGGAAAAGCAACUAUAAUGAACAUUUUAUAUGUUCACAAAAUUUUAUUUUUUGCAAGAUUCCAGUUCCAAUAUUCAGGUCUGAACUGAUCAAUUGAAUAAUAAAUGAAUAAUUGCGAUUUGUAUUUUGUAACCCUUCUAAGAAAUGCACUUUAAAGUUUACCUUUACUUUUACAACUUGCAAAUUAACAAACAAACUUUAACUAAAACCCAUAUGUUGGCAGUCAUUAACAAGUUUUCUUCCAUGCCAUAUGGAAAUUCAGACUGUAACAAACUGGCCUACAUUGAUCACACUUGUGUGUGUUUUUGCUCUAUUUAAAAAUGAGACUAUGCAUUUUGUUAACUGUAUCAGGGAAGAGAAAUCCUAUUGAGUUCUUUGUGAGAGGAAAUCAUUUAAUGACAUUGCUUUAGUCCAGGGGUUGGAAACCUUUUUCCAGUCAAGGACCACUUAAAUCUUUUUAACAUCAUUCUAGGGCCAUAAGAUACUUACUAAAAAUAUUGAAACACCUAAAUAACACUAAUCUCUUAAAUACAAUAGCAUUAACUGCUUCACUUUGGCGAGGCAUCUGAUGGCAGAUGGUAGUGACGAUGAUGAUGCUAUGAGCUGGUUUUCCAGGUUUGGGUCAGUCAGUCUUCAUGGGGGGACUUUUCAAAAAUCAGUUUGGAAAGGAACUCCUCACAGUAGUUGAUUGUCGGAAACAGAGAUGCAAACUGCAGUGCAUGUCUCCCAAGAAUGAGAAAAUACUCAGGACCUUCAAACAUGAGCUUUGAUGCACAAAAUAAUUGGGUUGCAAGUUGUCAGGCACAUCGGCUGGUUCCAUAUUAAACAGCUUAACAAAUAUGUUCAUUUCUGUUUGUUUACUUUUCAUGUAGUGAAACCAAAUGCCUACUGGCGUUUCGCAAACUCACCAGCAUAUUCAGAUGUCAUAGCAGGCUUUUGUUCUUGCAGAGUGGGAAAAUGAACAGUGUUUGUACACAAUGCAUAAUUGUGCUUUGUCUUGUGCGAGCAGCUCUGCAGCAGCAACAAGGCUCCUUCAUCAAAUUCCCCUCCUGAAUGAGGUUUCAGCUUUUUAGCUAUAAGGUCAUAGCAAAACUUGACUGUGUAACAUAGUCUCUGUCAGAAUGUGGUCUUGUGAAAUUUUGCUUGUUGGCCACCCAAACUCCAUUGAAAAUCGUUAACAUUACUCAAGCAUGUUUAAACUUGCAACUCUCCCAGUUUAGCUACAUGUUUCCAGCUGUAAUGGCACCUGGGACUGGCCCUUUAUAUCACUGUAAGCAAGUCCCUGUAAAUAAACAAUUUUUUUUAUUCAUAUAUUUUGGAAAAUGCAACAUACAGUCGCCACAAUGAUACAUAGUAGGGGUGUGUGUGUUUCAGCCAUCGUGACUGCAACCUGACAGGCAUACAACCAGAAGGGACCACCAAAAAGGACAUGUUAGUCUACAAAUGUUUGUCUAAUGGGCCGUAUACAUCAAGGACGCCGAAGGUCCCCCACCCCUGCUUUAGUCAAUGCGAAAUGUCAACAAAAAUAGAUUAAAAAAAAAUUGCAUUACCUCAAGUAUGUGAGUAUCAUUAGGGCAACUGUGUCUACCACACUUUGUAUUAUGGUUAUAAGGCAAAAAUUGUCCAAACAUAUUUGCCACUUACAGUUGGAGGUAUUGAUACCAACAGAGACAAUGUCUUUUUAGGCUUGACAGGACAAAAUAUUAUUCAAUCAUUAUAUAACAAAGGUUACCUUUAAUGGGUAAAAUGAAUGUGAAAGAUUAAGUUUGGCAAAAAAGCUGUUAUUGCUGUGCAAACAUAUACAUGAGCAAAACCACAACAAAUAAAAAUUAGCAUCCCCCUUUUUACUUAGUAACAUCGAUUCCUCUGGCAUUUACAAAUAUCACAAACUGUAGACAGCUAAAUGCAUUUUAGCAAUAUGCUAAUACGGUGACUUGAAACACUGGACCAAGGUCUGAAUGGAAGCAAUAAACACUGGAGCACACCUUUCAGAAUAAUUUCAAAGAACAUGUUGUUAAUUAUUCACUUAAUACACUGAACAUGCGUAUUUAGAAUUUUAAUUCACAGAUAACAAGUGAAAAGAAUGAUGUAAUGAGAAUGACACUAUGUUUCUUGUUUUUAUUGUACCUGUUCGCAUGAUUUUUUUUGUGUGCAGAUGUUCAACUCAGAUUUGAUACCAAAGUAAUGGAGCGCAGCUGAGACUAAUGUUCUGAAUGUUUAUGUCCCAAACCUUCUAAAACUGUUCGGACUGAUCUUGAAGAAUGCGUAAUCAUAUUCUACAAAGGUCUUCUCCAGUUGGCAAAUUAUCUUUUAUCGAUUUACAUAAUGAAAUGAAUUAAUUAAAGCAAAAAUCUAAACUUAGCAACAAAAGAAUUCACAUUUAGUUGCAGAUUUCAUAUUAUUUGCUCUCACUGUAUACAGUAGUUUAAGAGACAAAAUUAUGACGCAUGACAACUUUUUUCCUUUGGCACGAACAUCCACAUUUUACAGUGAUCCUCUAUUCAUGAUGCCUAGUGAAAAUGUAUCAUUCAAACCUAAACAUGUUUAUGUUGUGUCACAAGAUACUAUUUAUCUUAAGUCCAGUUUUACUUCACUAAAACAUGGCAGUCCCGCUGAAACAAUUUUAGUUAACUUUCACACAUAAAAGAUUACAUAUGUGUAAACAUAGUAACCAGCAGGAUAUGUUGAAAAACAACGAUAUGAAAACAAAGAGGAGAAUCAUGAAGUGGUUGUUAUGUUGGUCACAAUGACUAAUAUUUUCAAUAAAGUAAUUUAACUUUAGUGGUAUGCUUGACUCUAUGAUAUUUCUCGCUAAUAUGUUUUUAGAAAAUAGUAGGAUGUGGUAAAAUAUAAAAAGCAUUUUAUGGCUAAUAAGUAAAGCGUUCUUUACCCAAACCUAUACAUUUAUUAUGCUCAUUGCCUUCUGGGAAGGUUAUAUACACUGACGUGUGAAGCCUCUGCGCCUGCUCACAAAAUUACAGUGUUAUAAAAAAGUGAAGCGUAAACAGCUUCUAUGCUGCAUCACUGAAUUGCAUAGUUCAAAAAAUUUCUACUGAAUACAUUUUUUUCAGAGAUGGUUUUAGAUUUUAUGUUGCCCACAUGAAAGAACAUAGAAACAUUGGAUGAAUAGGUUUAUAGUGUAAAAAGCGCAGCUACAUUAUAAAAAAUUAAGAUGGGGAGCAGCCAGGCUGAACAAACCUGCUUAUUUUUAUACAAAGUUCUUUUUGAUAGAAUAUAGAAAUCAAUAUUUAUCUGUUUUUAUUAGAGUAAUACAAUGAAAUUACAAUUGAGGCAUCAUUUGAUUUUUGUCCUAGUUUUUGAAGUUUUUAUUUCUUUUUUUUCCUUCAGCACAUGAUUUAACAGGUAUUUCUCUUAAAGGGAUGAUUGGAAAAACCUUUGACCUCUGUAGAAGUCUUCCUAUGUCCAGCGAAAUGUGUACUGGGCUUUUGAG